AUGUUCUCUUCAGCCUUGAAGUCGUUCUCAUCGAACAUUUCUAAUAACUACCAGUACUCACCAAACCCCUCAUUCGUUUCAGGGCCAUGGAAAGUUCAUGACGGGAAGAAAAAGAAUACCGGAAAGGCCGUCUCCAUAUUCAUCUUUGACCGGAAAUCUUUGGAUCCGCGGGCUGGUGGGUUGAGUUCACGAUCAAACUCUACUUCACUAAAAAAAGUCCAUGAAGAAGUUGUUGAAAGGCUCAAGCGGGAGGCCGCAAAUCUUGCUCGCCUGAGACACCCCUCUAUUCUUCAGAUCAUUGAACCAGUGGAAGAUACGAGAAAUGGAGGCUUGAUGUUUGCCACAGAAGCAGUCACCGCAUCCUUAUCUGGGCUACUACAAGAAAAGACCGACCAAGAGUCUUCUAGUCGUGUUGGCGGAAGGGCCAGUCGACACAUUAUUGAAGAGGCUGACGGAUCACGAAGGAGACGAGAAUUAGAAAUUGACGAACUUGAAAUCCAAAAAGGGCUUCUUCAGAUUGGGAAAGGCCUCGAGUUCUUGCAUGAAUCGGCCAAAAUCGUGCAUGGGAAUCUCACUCCUGACGCCAUCUAUAUCAAUGCAAAGUCAGAUUGGAAGAUAUCCGGUUUAUCCUUUGCUGGGCCUACAAACCCUGAGGCACAAUCGCCACUGCCACCCCUUGCAUUAUCAGAGGUCCUUUAUCAUGACCCCCGGCUGCCUAGGUCUGUGCAGCUCGAUUUGGAUUAUACAUCCCCCGACUUUGUUCUGGACUCCAAUGUUUCCCCAUCUGCGGAUCUUUUUUCUCUUGGGCUCAUAAUCAUCGCCCUUUACAACUCUCCUCAUGUAUCGCCCCUAAAUACUAAUAACAGCACGAAUAUAUAUAAAAAAUUACUCAGCUCUGCGUCAACAAUCCCUUCGCAAUCGAACUCCUUUCUUUCAUCUGGACCGAUACCAAAGGAUCUUGCUGGCCAUGUCCUACCAAAACUCAUAACUAGAAGGCCAGCCCAACGGAUGAAUGCUAGUGAAUUUCAACAGUCCCAGUACUUUGACAAUGUUCUUGUUUCCACCAUCCGCUUCCUGGAUUCUUUCCCUGCGAAAACCCAAAAUGAGAAAUCGCAGUUUAUGAGAGGGUUAUCUAGAAUCUUACCUGAGUUUCCAACUUCUGUCCUAGAACGCAAGGUUCUCGGAGCUCUACUUGAAGAGAGCAAAGAUCGCGAACUUCUACCACUCAUUCUUCAGAACGUUUUCAAAAUCCUUACACGUCUCCCGACAAGUCAGCGCCUGGUUACGGAUAAAGUUCUUCCUCGUCUCAAGGAAAUAUUCCUUCCGCAAGGUAAUAAAGGGGCCGCUCAGGAACGAGAUACCAGCAAGGAUGCAGGCCUCAUGGUUGUCCUGGAAAACACACAAGUCCUUGCUGACAACUGUUCUGGAAAGAUCUUUAAAGAUGAUGUGAUACCACUGAUCCACCUAGGGCUGGAAUCCCCAACACAUUCGUUAAUAGACGCAUCUAUGAAAUGUCUCCCUAUCAUGCUACCCGUCCUCGACUACUCAACAGUGAAGGAUGACAUAUUCCCCCCGAUCGCAUCAGUAUUUGCCAGGACUAGCAGCCUUGCAAUAAAAGUUCGGGGCUUGGAGGCAUUUCACGUUCUCUGUGGUGGUGGGUUGCCUAAAUCCAGAAACCAGUCUACAGAUGAUCUUUCAGGAAUUGUCGUGGACUCGCAGCCAGUGAAAUCAAACCAGAACUCUAUACUUGACAAAUAUACCAUCCAGGAGAAGCUUAUACCAUUACUGAAGGCAAUAAAAACUAAAGAACCGGCGGUAAUGAUUGCAGCUCUGAAUGUGUUUAAACAGGUCGGGCACAUUGUUGAUAUAGAAUUUGCGGCACUCGAAGUCCUUCCGAUCUUGUGGAGCUUUGCUCUCGGCCCACUUCUCAAUGUUCAACAGUUUUCCUCAUUCAUGGAAUUGAUAAAAUCACUUUCGUCAAAAGUUGAGCGUGAGCAAACCAAAAAAUUACAACAGCUAUCUUCCAGUAAUGAUGGAGGAAGUUUCUCUAAGAAUACAAGCCAAAUGGACGCAAUGUCUCCUUUUAACAGUGGGGGUGAGGCCAGCGGCAAUAAAUCCGACUUUGAGCGCCUUGUACUAGGCAAAGAAAAGUCGCCAUCCACCCCUAUAGAUUCGUGGGGUGAAUGGGGCGAUUCUUCUGCAUAUAGUGCUCAGGCACCUGCGAAACCAGACACUGCACCCCAAUUUUCCUGGUCUACUGGCAAUACCACUGCUUUGCGGCAAGGAAACGGCACAUUAGCAAAACCGAACGCGAACAUGCGAUCAAUCACCCCUGACAUGACAAUUAAUUCUUUCCCAACAUUGCAACCGGGGCAUAAGAGCAACACUUCGUCGCUCUCCUCGAUGCCUACCCUCCAGCCUCUCUCUCCGACAGCUCCCCAAAGUGGCAUGAUGGCGGGUAGCAGUUUUGGUGCCCAGCAAAGUACUAGCCAGUUCAUGUCCUCGACUACUAGCUCCUUUAACAUUCCAACCAUAGGAGGCAGGCCUGUUAAUAGCAGCAACUCAUGGCAGAGCCAAGGGCAAAUGAAUACCACGCCGUUCUCUCCGUACACCAUCGCUCCACCUCCUCAGAGCAGCAACCAAUUUCAACGAAGCAAUUCCUCCACCGUGAACAACACCACAUCCGCUUUUUCAGGCUUGGUCUCGCCUCCGGCUACGAGCUCAAACCAGCAACAGAAGGAAGGGCUGGAUAAGUAUGAUAGCUUACUCUAG